AUGGUCUCUCUAAGGAUAUUCUUUCUUUUUCUUCACUUCUGCAUUCAAAUUCAUUACGCAUAUUCCAAAGAUCGCAAGACUUACAUUGUCUACAUGGGUGAUCAUACAAAAGGCAUUGAACCUGCCACGUUACCUUCUCUUCAUUCUACAAUGGCACACAAAAUUCUUGGCAGUGAUUUUGAACCAGGAGCUGUACUCCACAGUUACAAGAAGAGUUUUAAUGGAUUCGUCUUAAAAUUGACAGAAGAUGAAGCAGAAAAAUUGGCUGGAAAUCAGCCGCUCGAUCCUCACUUCCACAAUAUCCCACUGUAA